AUGCAUCUCCGGCAUCUGCAAGUACACCGUAGGGCCGACGGGCUUUUUGGGUUUGGUAACAUCGCUCAUGAGAUCGACGUCUCGUCGGACGGCUCAAAGCGCCAUGUACAAAAGAGGCAACCACAAGAAAUAAGGACUGUCUUCAAGACAUUGGAAGCUACUUUCGAAGGGAAGAUUGGUGGCUACAAAACAGUAGGCCACGAGCCUAAACCAACGGACUCAUCAAAGGACGAUGACGAGGAUGAUGACGAUGACGAGAGAGACGCGAAGAAGGAGGCCGAAGAAAAGAAGAAGGAAGAGGCCGAAGAGAAAAAGAAGGAAGCCGAAGAAGCUAAGGAAAAGGCAAAAGAACAGGCAGAGAAGGAGGAAGAGGCAGCGAAGAAAAAGGCUGCCGAAGACAAGGCGGAGGAAGAGAAGGAAAAGGCAGAAGAGGCAGCCAAGAAGAAGGCUGUCGAGGAUGCCAAGUCUCGCAGCAAAUCCGAAGAUGACGAUGCAAAGGAGAGCUCGACAGCUAAACCGACAAGAACUCGCGCCCAAAUUACCACUAGUCACGACCCAUCGAGCGUUCCCUCCGUUAUUAGCGAUCCCACUGGCAGUCAAUCUAUCGAAUCCAUUCUCGCCAAGGCCACUGGCUCAGCUUCUGCUUCCACAACUAUCGAUGAGGUUGCCGACAUGUCUGGAGCCUCGAGUCUCCCUAGCUCCAGCUCCAGUGCUGCGCCAGAAGCUAGUGGUAGCACCAGUGCAGGAACCAAGGCAGGAAUCGCGUUUGGUGUUCUUGGUGGAUUACUCGCCAUGGGCUUGCUUGUCUACUUCAUCUUCACUAAACGCCGAAAGCAGGCCGAGAUGGAAAGACUGGAGAAUGAUGAUGAGAAGCUUCAUGGCCCGAUGGCUGGUAACGGUGGCCCUCCAAUGGUUGCUGCAGCUGCUGUGCGCCGUUCUAUGUCUCCCGAGCCCAUUGAAACUGCCUCUAUCCGCACUGACGCAAAGGCUCCCCGUGUUAGUCUCCGACCCGUGACCCAAUUCCUUCCCAACUGGAACGGCCUUGAAAAGGAGAAACGCGCAAGCAAAGGUGCAGGUUUAACUCUUGCUGUACCAGCUGCAGCUUCUUCACCUGCUACUGGUCCCUUGUCCCCUCGAGCCGUGGGAGGCAGUGCCUGGGAGCGUCCAACAACAGCUCAAAGCGUCGAUCCUGCUAACCCCUUCGGCACACAGGCCGAGCGUGUUCCAUCUCCCGUUCAGGAGGAGACUGCUUCUGCGCUGAGGGCUUCUCCCAGCCCCAUGUCGGAAAAGUCGACCAUUGCUGUUGCUGCCGCCGCCGCCCUCCCAGCCGCCACCGCUCCAGUCUCACCUCAAUCACCUUCUUCUCCCCAGGGACCCCUCGCCGCCAAUGGAACUGCAGUUGCCGCUAUGGUCGCUCGUAAGACUUCGAUUCGCAAGGCUGGAGGCCCGCAGCAACUUGACUUGACUCUUCCAAAUGCCCCUAUGGCAGCUGUUCCCGCUAGUCCUGCUGGUACUGAGUACAGUGGCUCUUCCGCUCCUUCUGGAGGUCCCGACAGUCCUUCUGCAGGUGCUGCGGCUAUUGCUGCUGCUGGCGGACCCGCAAACUCGGCCGUUCACCGCGUGCAGCUUGACUUCAAGCCCACUAUGGACGAUGAAUUGGAACUUAGAGCUGGUGAUCUUGUACGACUCCUUCACGAGUACGAUGAUGGCUGGGCUCUUUGUAUCAGACUUGACCGUUCUCGACAGGGUGUCGUUCCUCGAACCUGUUUGUCAACUCGUCCUGUGAAGCCCCGCCCUGCUCAAGGCGGCCCUCGCCCGGGCCCUCCUGUUAAGGCUGGCGGGCCUCCCCGAGGACCUGGACCUAAUCAAUCUCAAGGACAACGACCUAUGACCCCUCAAGGAAACUUUGGUCAAGCUCGACCUGCCUCACCUGCUGGUCCUAAUCCUAACGGCAGUCGUCCUCAAUCGCCAAUGGGACCUCCCGGCCGGCCUCAAGGACGUCCGAUGAGCCCAGGACCUCGAGCACAGUCACCCGGUCCUCGUAGUGGACCGCCUAGUGGCAGACCCAUGAGUCCUGGACCUCGUUCACAGUCACCUGGGCCUGCUGGUGGCCGUUCACAGAGCCCGAGCGGGAUGAACCGAAGAAAUAACCCCCCUGGACCCAGCCCUAUGAAUCCUUCUCAGGACCCCCGCUCGGGGCCAUCUUCAUCGGGCUCUCUUAGCAGGAAACCCGUACCUGGCCAGGCGUAUUGA